AUCGCCAUUAAGUAGAUUAAAAUUACAAUCAGAUAAAAAUAUUCAAUUAUAUGUCACAUAAAGUAAUACACAAUCCAUAUUUAUUGUAGUAACUCUCUACACUCCCGACCUACCCAAACAAAAUUAUUCCAAAGUCUUGACUUUCACCAUUUUGCUAGAAGCUGAGACGCCCGCCACACACACUCACAUAUUAUAUUGUUUUGAUUUUCUAUCUGAUUUUCGAUAUCCACAAUGGAGCGCUGAUUAAUUUGAAGUCACACCGCAUAGAACCCUAUUGGGGGGAAAAUCCUCUUACCAAUAUUUUUCCAUACCUAAGGUUGAACUCGAGAUCUCUGAUUAAGAGAGGAAUAUUCCUCUAUUGCAUAUAUUCACUCUAUACAAGUCCCUUAGCUAGGAAUCUUCUUGGUUGCUGCAGUUGUGGAAAAACAAUGACGUUAAUUUUGUAUAAAUAGUGAGUCCCCCUUGAUAAACAUAAUUUUCCAUCACACACUUUUAAUAAAUCAGAAAAAUGGACCGGCGGCUGAAUGAAGCAGUUUUCAGGGGAGAUGUUGAAGCCAUUCAAAAACUCAUUGAAGAAGAUUCAAACAUAGUGAACCAAACCAUUGAGGAGUCACUACACACCAUAUUACACCUAGCAGCUAGAUUUGGGCAUGUUGAAUUGGUCAGGGAGAUUGUCAAGUUGUUCCCGGAGAUGGUGUCCGCGGAGAACCGGGAUUUGGAGACGCCCUUGCAUGAAGCAUGUAGAGAAGGGAAACUGGAAAUUGUGAGAAUUUUACUUGAGAAUGAUCCAUGGGUUGCUUACAAGACAAAUUUGUGGGAUAAGAGUGUACUUUAUGUAGCAUGUGAGAGAGGGAGGAUUGAAGUGGUUAAGCAUUUGUUACAUAAUGUUAACAUGUUGUUGAUGCGUGAAGUUGAUAUGUCCACUACUUCACUACAUGCUGCAGCUUCAUCAGGCCAUACAGAAGUAGUGAAGGAAUUGGUUAAAGUUCGACCCGAUUUUGCUUGGAAAAAGGAUGUGUUGAUGAAUGGUUGCAGUCCAUUACAUAUAGCAUGCAGCAAAGGGCACUUAGAUAUAACAAGAGAAUUGCUAAAGAUGGAUAUGGAUCUUUCUAGUUUACAAGAUAAUGAAGGCAGAACUCCACUUCAUUCGGCAGUCAUUAAAGGAAGAGUGAACAUUAUUGCUGAGAUACUCUCAGUGACUCUUGAAUCUGCUGAAAUGAUUACAAAACAUGGUGAGACAAUUCUUCAUUUGGCUGUCAAGAACAAUCACUUUGAAGUCCUCAAGUUCUUGAUGGAGUCACUUGAUGUUUCAAAUCUCAUGAAUGUUCAAGAUACUGAUGGAAACACCAUUCUACAUUUGGCUACUGUUAGGAAACUCACCACUAUGAUUGUUUAUCUACUUAAGCUUGGGGUUGAAGUAAAUGCUUUGAACCAAAAAGGAUAUACAGCAUUAGAUGUAGUAGAAGCAGAUGCAAGUAACUCUGGUGCUCUUGCAAUCAUUCCAGCAUUACAAGAAGCUGGUGCCAAAAGAUGUGAUCAAUUACCACCAAAUUUUCAAGACAUCCAGCAGGUAGUUGUAUCACCAAUUUUGGGAUCAUCAUGGACAAGAAGAAAAACUACUAGUUUUCAGUCUCCGUCCUCAUCAUCUCAACAUUCGUAUUAUAAUAACCAUCAUCAAAGGAAGCACAUCAAUAAUCAUCGCGCUACUAGGACAAAAAAAAUCAAGCUCCAAAGUGAAGGUCUAAGAAAUGCAAGAAAAACGUUAACAGUUGUUGCAGUUCUAAUAGCAACUGUGACAUUUGCUGCUGGUAUUAAUCCUCCAGGGGGAUUUAAUCAACAAACUGGAAAAGCUCUAUUGGGUAAAACAUCAGCCUUUAAGGUAUUUUUGGUAUGCAACAUUGUGGCACUUUUUCUCUCUCUUGGAAUUGUUAAUGUCCUUGUUAGUGUUGUCCCAUUCAAGAGAAAAACAAUGAUGAAAUUAAUGGUGGCAACACACAAAGUAAUGUGGAUUUCUACAAUUUUUAUGUCAUCAGCUUAUAUAGCUGCAAUAUGGUCAAUAUUGCCACAAGGAAAGGGGGCUCAUUGGGUGCUAAGUGAAGUUAUGAUCAUAGGGGGAGGAUGCACUAUGGUUGUGUUUCUAAGUUUGGGGAUUUUGUUAGUGAGACAAUGGAAAAGGAAGAGUGAUUGGAGAAAAAAAAGAGAGGAACAUCAUAAGAAGAUGAAAGAGGAAAGUCCUAAGAGUAAUAUAAGUAGAGUUGAAGAAAUGAAAGUGGUGAAGAAAGAUAGUCAUGAAGGUAGUAGCAACUCAGAUGUUGAUAGCUCAGAUCAAGGUUAUCAUUUGUAUUAAUUACCUGUAUUCAUAGAUCUAUUCUUAUUAGUCUAAUAAGUAGAAAAUAAUGUAUUAAAGUUAUAUAUAUACUAUUAGUUUCUAAUAUGACAGAUGCUAUUAAUGUAUUUGUUGAAAUAUUUUUCAUUAAUAA